GGUCCUGCUGACUACACAUGGCUGCUGCCCUGGCUGGAUUGCUUCCACUGCAGGACUAGGAGAUGGAGCUGUCCCUGAGCUGUGGACCCCUGGACUAGGACCUGGAGGAGUCACACUGGGAAGGGGGGACACUGGUUACCACCAAACCUCCCACCAAGGAGAUUUCCUUCAAUAUCCUGAUAUUUUCAACUAAAGAGCAAUGACCCAGAAAGCAGUGUGGUCAUCACCCCCAUCAUCCUCAGCCCUGAGCCCCUAGUCCAGCAAUACCAGUCAGUGCUCUGAUGACCCCCAGCUAAUUAUUAUGUCAGAGUUAUUACUGCCAGCAGUCAUCUUAUCCUGCACUGAUCACCCUCAUCAUCCUCAUCACCAUGAAGGAGAAGUCUAAGAACGCAGCAAAGACCCGCAGGGAGAAGGAGAAUGGGGAGUUCUAUGAGCUGGCCAAACUGCUGCCCCUGCCCUCUGCCAUCACCUCCCAGCUGGACAAGGCCUCCAUCAUCAGGCUGACCACCAGCUACCUCAAGAUGAGGGCAGUCUUUCCGGACGGAUUGGGAGAUGCUUGGGGACAUCCAGCCAGAAUAGGACCACUGGACAAUGUGGCAAAGGAACUAGGAUCUCAUUUACUGCAGACGUUGGACGGAUUUGUUUUCGUUGUUGCAUCGGAUGGGAAGAUAAUGUACAUUUCUGAAACUGCUUCUGUGCAUCUGGGAUUGUCGCAGGUGGAACUGACCGGUAAUAGUAUUUAUGAAUAUAUCCAUCCUUCAGAUCAUGAUGAGAUGACGGCCGUACUGACAGCUCAUCAGCCCCUUCACCCCCACUUAUUACAAGAAUAUGAAAUCGAACGGUCGUUUUUUCUGCGGAUGAAAUGUGUUUUGGCGAAAAGAAAUGCAGGACUCACCUGUAGCGGAUACAAGGUGAUUCACUGCAGUGGGUAUCUGAAAAUAAGGCAGUAUACGGACAUUUCUUUAUAUGACUCCUGCUAUCAAAUUGUAGGGCUAGUGGCUGUGGGUCAGUCGUUACCACCCCCGAGCGCCAUCACAGAGAUCAAACUGCACAGUAACAUGUUUAUGUUCCGAAGCGAGCUGGAUCUCAAACUCAUUUUCCUGGACUCAAGAGUAGCCGAAUUAACCGGUUAUGAACCUCAAGACCUCAUAGAGAAAACGCUUUACCACCAUGUCCACGGCUGUGAUGUGUUCCACUUGAGAUAUGCUCACCACCUCUUGCUGGUAAAGGGCCAAGUCACCACCAAAUAUUAUCGGUUGCUUUCCAAACAUGGAGGAUGGGUGUGGGUGCAGAGUUACGCUACAAUCGUCCACAACAGCCGCUCAUCCAGACCGCACUGCAUUGUCAGUGUGAACUACGUCCUUACAGAUAUAGAAUAUAAGGAGCUGCAGUUGUCCUUGGAGCAGGUGACGGUUUCAAAAGCCGCAUUUCCUUGUCGGAGCGCCAUGACUACCUCACAGGAGGCAAGGAAGCCCACCAAGCUGAAAGCUGCAAAAGUCAAGACAAAGCAGGCACGAUCUAAUCCAUACCCCCAGCAAUAUGGUCCUUUCUAUGGUGAGAAGUUGGACUGUUCUCAGUUUGGAAGUUGGAAAGGAAACUCAGCAAUAAGCUCCCCAGCUAACCAGGAGCCCAACAGCCAUACGGAAAACAGUGAACUCUUGUACACCCCGACCUACAGCUUGCCAUUCCCUUACCACUACGGACACUUUUCAAUGGACUCCCACGUGUUAAAUACCAAGAAACAAGGGGCGUCUUCUAGAUUUGGGCAGCCUCAAGGUUCACCUUGUGAAGUAGCAAGAUUUUUCUUUGGCACGUUACAGACGGGAGGAGAAUGUCAUUGGCGUUACUCGAACUCAGUGGCACCGAACUCACCGCAAAAAAAUGCUCACGAUCAGUCAAACCAGAUGCGCCAUAACCUCUCUCAGAACUAUGAUGCCAAAAGGUAUGCAACGGGGGAUAACUCGUCUGAUGGGUUCACAGGAUGUUCUUCAACGUCAUUAAGAUCUAUCAUCCGAUAUAAAGAUGAACACUAUGGUUCAACUGUGAAAGCCAGCAAACUGGAAAACAGAGGAACCCCCGCCUAUCACACGGUAAAAGAAGAGAACAAGAUGGACUUCAAUAAAUACCAGCAGGAGAAGAUGGCUGUUAACGAGAAGCGCUUUUCAGAAUCCUCAAACAGUUCUUUUCUGCCAAAAUCAGAAUGUCUUCAUGCCAAGACUGUAGGACAGUUAAACCACCUUCUGCCGAGACCAGUGGUCUACGAGCAAACACGAAGGAUCUGUAUGAAGGAGCCCAGAUACGGGCAUGUCAAUAUACGUCCAACAGGAUAUCAUGAACUGGAGCACUCUGAUGGAACGUCUACAAAAUUUCCUCACCAUAACCCUGAACAUGAGCACUUCAAGCCCCGUGGCCAGGUCCCCUAUGUACCUCUAAAUUACCACCAUGUGUUAUCCAAACACGGACCUUGUCAGCCGUCAUCAUGCACAGAACGAGAGCAUGGGACGGAAAAUUAUGGCUAUUCCUCAGAGGAAGUGAACUCAUACCUCUACAAAAACCAAAGUCCUUCAUCUAUUUCUUCUCCCGAAAGCCACCACGAAGCUGCACUCCCCCAUUAUAUUGGGACUUCGGUCAUCAUAACCAAUGGAAGGUGACAAUGGACAUUAUGGUUUCUGGCUUGUUGAUCGAAACUGGAAUUAUUUACACAGAAGCAUGAGAAAGCCUGGUGACCAGUACUUACCAAGCAGAGCUGAAGGUCGUGAAAGGACAGACCCGCGUGUUCUCUUGGCAAGCCGUAUGUAAUAGAACCUAAAAGGUCAGAAUUAUACAACCAGCUUCAGAGCAGCAUUGUUACAGAUUAAUCUCUGGUGUAGACUGCGCCAUUCGAGAAGUAAUGUGCCAGAUCAUAUUUUCCUCUUCUCCACCGCCCGAUGAAUAAAAAAGGGCAGCGGCCGAGACGCACAGUUUCAAAUUUAAUUAUAUGAAGGAAACUUUUUUUUUUCCCUCCCCUCAAACAACCUAGCUCCUUUAAUCCCCUCUACCAGAAAGAGAAUAUGAGUCCAUGACGUGACAGAUACAUUCUAGUGAAUGUGGGACAGAUGACAUUUUUUUAUUUUUUUCCUUGAAAUUUUUGGAACAGCCAAUGAAGCCGGGAGACCCGAAGCUAUAUAACUUUUAUUUCAUAGGCGUAUUAGGCAAUAACCCAAAUUAAGGUGCUAUGAAAUGUCUGAAUUUUAAGUAUCCCCAAGAUAUAUGGCAUAGGAAAACGUAGGGAUGUACAACCGUAAAUAAUACCGGCCAGCGUUUUUUUUUUUUUUUACUACUAGACGGUGGGGGAUUUGUCUGUUCACUUUAGAAUAACAAUUUUUCUUGGCUGAAAAUAAAAGUACCAAAGACAUUCUCCUGGGGACAGAUCUCUUCUGUGGCUUUAUACCCCAUCCGCUUAUUUAGAAAUAUGAACAGGGUAGACAUGACCUAAACCGGGAAGAUGA